CCUCUGCUAGUAUUUCCCUCUCCCCUCUUCCUCGCCCUUCGGUCCACCUGAUCUGCGGCCGCCCUGCCGCCAGAUUGAGAUAUGGAAACAGGUCGCUAGUCUAGACAAUCAAUCCGAGAGAUUGCGUUUUUGGAAACCAGUAUAUCGUGAAUCGAGAGCCCCCGAAUCUGGAUUCGCCCUGACCGCGCUCCCGAUUCGCGGCUCCCCUCCCUCGCGCCGCGCCGCGCUGCGCUCUGCCCGUCGGCGGCGUCGGCGGCGGGCGCUAUGGGGGCGAUGGGCGUCCACCGGAUCGACCCGGCCCUGCGCUGGCCGUACGGCUUCGAGGCGGAGGACGACGAGGAGGAGGGGCGGGACGCGGGGGCCCUGCACAGGCCCGGGGCGGACGAGGACUGGGGCGUCCACCAGGAGAAGAGGAGCGGCAGGAAGAGGAAGAGGCCGCCGCACCCCGCGCCGCCCUGCAAGCGCCCCCGCGCCGCCACGCCCUCGCCCUCGCCCGAUUCCGCGUCGUCCCCGCCACGCCCGCUCGCCUCGUGGGACCCCGUGCCCAAGAGGCCGCGCAGCAGCGCGGCUAAACAGGCCGACGCGCCGCGACCCGGCGCCGUCGUCGUGCUGCCGGCGGAAACGGAAGCGGUGGCCGCGGAGAAGGAGGGGGCGGCGAGCAGCGGCGGCGCCGCCCCGAAGAAGGCGGGGCGGUCGUGCCACCUAUGCCAUAAGGCCAAGAGGACGGUGGUCAAGUGCGGGCGGUGCCGCCAGAAGAUCUACUGCACCUUCUGCCUCAACAAGCUGUACCGAGAGCUAUCGGAGGCCGAGGUUCGAGCCGAGUGCCCGUGCUGCCGCGGAAUCUGCAGCUGUAUACGCUGCAUUGCCAAGGUCAAGCAAAAACAUAAGGCCAUAAGGCCCGGCUUUAUAUGUGAAGCCCCAACUGCCAAGGUCAAGCAGAGUGAGCCCAAGAGCCCACCUUUGAGUAAAUGUAAGAUUGGUAGAUCGGCUGCAAAGAAAAAGAAGGCCGAUCCUGCUGGUGUAGAGUCCACCAGUGUUUGUAACGGGGUGGCUCCGACCGAAGCAAAUGAUCACUCCUCUCUAAUAAGCUCUAAUGGGAUUAAUAGCCCAUCUGUCAAAUCGGAUAAUGUAGAUACAUUGGGUGUGGCAGCUCAAGAGGAGGGUGGUGCUGAAAGUAAAGUAAAAUAUGCUAGAUAUCUAUUGCACUACCUGAUGCCUUGUUUGAAGGAGCUGAACAAGGAUCAGAUGGCUGAGAUAGAGACAGAGGCUAAGAUUCUAGGGCUGAAAUUGUCUCAGAUGAAUGUAGAACAAGCUGACUGCCGGAAUGAUGAGAGGGUGUUCUGUGACAAUUGCAGAACUUCAAUCUUUGAUCUGCAUAGAAGCUGUCCAAACUGCUCAUACGAACUAUGCAUUUCAUGCUGUAAGGAGCUUCGCGAAGAGGAUCUACAGGGCGGCACUUGUCGGGAAGAGCUGGUGUCUUAUCCUAAUAGAGGAUUCGACUAUAUGCAUGGUGGUGAUCCAUUGCCCGAGUUAAUAAACUGCGAAGGAACAGACUUGUCCAGUUGCCAGCCUAAGAGUAAAAAGUGGGCUGCUUCUCGUGGGAUUAUUCGUUGCCCUCCAACUGAACUGGGUGGUUGCGGUGAGCAUGUUCUUAAGUUGAGGCAGAUCUUUCCAAAAGAUUGGUUAAAUAAGCUCAAUUUAAAUGCUUCGUGGUUGAAUAAGAAGUUAGAACCUUCUAAUGUUGUAAGCAGAGAAUGUCCCAAGUGUACUAAAAAUGAAAAUUCAAGAUAUGCUGCCACCAGAGAGAAUUCAACAGAUAACUGCAUAUACUGUCCAAAAUCUGACAAUGGCGAAGCGGAUGAUCUAAAGCACUUCCAGAGCCACUGGGUGAAAGGAGAGCCUGUUAUUGUACAAGGGGUACUACAGAAAAUGCCAGAUUUGAGCUGGGAGCCACCACAUAUGUGGUCUGCAGUACAUGGUUCUAGUACCAGCUCUGAUAUGAGAAAUGUGAAGGCUAUUGACUGUUUGUCUUGCUGUGAGGUUGAGAUAUGCACACAGGAUUUCUUCAAUGGAUAUUAUGAAGGUCGGAUGUAUGAAAACCACUGGCCCGAAAUGCUUAAAUUGAAGGACUGGCCUACUUCAAAUCAUUUUGAGGAGCUUUUGCCUUCACAUGGAGCGAAAUACAUCGAUUCUCUACCCUUUCAACCAUACACAAACUUGAAAUCUGGUUCUCUAAGUGUUUCCGCAUUACUUCCUGAUGACAUUCUAAAGAUUGAUAUGGGCCCAAAGUCAUACAUAGCUUAUGGCUGUACCCAGGAACUGGGCAGAGGAGAUUCUGUUACGAAGCUUCAUUGUGAUAUAUCUGAUGCAGUUAACGUUUUGAUGCAUACUGCAAAAGUUGUCCCUUCUGAAGAACAACAAGAUGCAAUACAAAACUUGAAGGCAAGACAUGAAGCACAGGAUGAAAAGGAUUGCUGUGGGAAUUUUGCAAUUAAUAGAAAUGAUAAAUGUCAUAAAAGCUGUGUGGGUGAAAAUCAUGCAUCCUCUCUUAACUACAUCGAUGAUGAAGAGGGAGGUGCAUUAUGGGAUAUUUUCAGGAGGGAGGAUGCUGAAAAACUGAAAAUGUACCUCUGUAAACAUUCAAAGGAAUUUCGCCAUAUAUAUUGUUCUCCAGUUGAGAAGAUAUUUAACCCUGUACAUGAUGAAACAUUCUAUCUAACCGAGGAGCAUAAAAGGAAACUUAAAGAGGAGCAUGGAAUCGAGCCUUGGACAUUUGUACAAAAACUUGGAGAGGCGGUUUUUAUACCUGCUGGUUGCCCUCAUCAAGUACGGAAUCUCAAGUCUUGCACGAAGAUUGCUAUAGAUUUUGUAUCACCGGAGAAUGUCAAGGAGUGUCUCAAGUUAACUCAGGAAUUUCGCAAGCUUCCUAAGAACCACAGAGCAAAAGAAGAUAAACUAGAGACACCGAUUGCGAGGAUAAGCCGCCGAGAUGGCGCCACUGGUGGGACAAAGCUGCGACUCCUAGCAGCGAUGAUUCCUCGUCGCUGGACAUCGGCGAGGAAUGGGAGGCCGAGGAGGAGGAGGAAGAGGACGAGGAAGAGGCUGAGGAGGCGGCGGUCCUGGCGAAGGCGGAGGCGAAAGCGAAGGCGAAGGCGAAGGCGCAGCUAGCGAGCACCGUAGACGACGAGGACACAAGUUUCUCCGACGUGUCGGACACCGCCUCUUCGGAGGAGGUGGCGAGCAGGAAGCGCCACCGUAAGGGCGACGAGGCGGGACCAUCAAAAAAGAAGUAGUUUUAUUGUUUAUAUGUAAUUUGAUUAUAUUUUUCGAAGUUUUUAUUUAUAAUUUAUUUAUGUUGCACCGCUUUAAAUAUUAGCAGCAAUAUUAGUACAACGUUAUUAUCUACACAUUUCUUCUAUCUGCGUUUGGGUGACGUAGCUGAGAGCGAUGUCCCCUAAACACGACAUUUGAGCAAAAUACGUCCCUUGAAUAAUAAAUCUAGCGCCGUUUGGAGACAUUUUGGAAAUGCGGCUGGAGUUGCGGAGUACCCACCAUUCAGAUUACGACAGCCUUUUCCAAUUAAAUGGACAGACCAAGACAAGCCACUUUGAAAAUAUCAAAGUGGUAUCAUGCACGCUACUUUCGUGAAAAUUUGAUGUGGCACACUGGUUGAUAAUUAAUGAAGUGAUAGGUGAGAGUGGUAUUAUAAUAUUAUACCGUAUCAUAGCAUGUAAAAAUAGAAAAUCUAAUAGAAAAUACAUCGUGUACAUAUAUUUGCAGUGAGAUUAUACAAAUAUUAAAUAUGAUCAAACUAUGAUACUCCGUCCUGGCCUGGACGGCGAGGAAGAACUUGGCCAAUGUGGCAUGUAGGGUGCGCGGCAUGGCGAUGGAGGUGUAGAGGCCGUCGGAGAAGGAAAAGGGGGAGAGGACGGCGGAGAAGCUGUGUGAAGGUUUGUGAGGCCGGCGCCGUCUUUUUAUAGCCGGCGGCCUUUGCGGGAAACUUGGUGCGCGAGCGACCGGCCAUGGCCUUUUCGUCGUGGGAACCCUGGUGCACGCCGGAACUUUCCCGCGCAUUCUCCCGCCCGCUAUUGCUGUCCCGUCGAGGCCUGCCAUGACGCAGCGCCACACGUUGAAGACGAACCACGUGACGGCUUUUUGGGUCGCCGCAUUGAACGCAGCGUGCGGCCCAAACGGACACGCGGACGCGAAACGCUAUCUGGGUGUCCACCCAAACAACCCAAAACGAAUGGUCUAGCGCAUCCGUUUGGGUCGCCGGAUUGGAGAUGCCCUAAAUGCAAAAUGGACUGGUCAAGUUCAAAACCAUAUUCUACAUCUACCUUGGAUGCUAACAAGCCUAUUUACGCACCGUGGGAGAAAAACAUGCAUGAAGUUUGAUUGCCAGCACAUAGCAUGAGACUUUGAGUGAGUGGUGUUUUAGCAACGCAAACAGUUUAUCUUAAUUUACUCUAAUCUACAUAACUAUAGUUCGAUUUAAGAUAAGGUGUACAUAUACAAAAGAUACGCCAAGAAAUAUUUUAUAGACAGAGGUGGUAUAAUAUUUAAACGCUUAUAACCUCCUAACGUC